CUUUCAAUUUUUUUUUUUUUUUUUUUGUAAUUUAUGAUCAGUAUUUCUCCAAUUUGUUCAAUUUUUUCUUUGUUUGCGUUCGCAUUGCGAAGAGUAUGGUUGUAAUUGCAGUGUUUGUUGACAGUGACGGACCCACAUGUAGUUAUAGUGGGUCCUAGAACAACCUAUUAUUUUAUAAAAUAAAAAAAAAUAAAAAAAUUUCACGAAUCACGCCGUAGUCCUUCCUCUCUCUGUACUCCUUUAGAUCUAUUUCUUGCUGUAAUCCUUCCUCUCUCACUCCUAGCGUACUCGAAAUUCUCCAUUGAAGCGGCUUCUGAGCUUUCUCUCCUCCAUUGAAGCAGUCUCUAAGUUGCUUGUUGUCAGUAGCCUUGAUUUGGGAGGAUUGUGAGAGACCGAGAACCCCGAGUUCUUGAAGAUCGUGUGAUCGCUAUAGCUAGAGUGCUCUAGCAAAAUUAUCCUCAAUUUCCGCUCUAAUAUCACGAUAGCAAAGAUGAUGUCCGGCAAUUACACUACCAUUGACAAUCAGAACGUCUCCGGAGGAGGAUCUGUCUCCGGAUCUGUUCCAGCAGUUGGUGAUUCCGGUCAUGUGUCGGUUAAAUUUGCUGAUUCAAAUCUUCAGACAUUUCCUCCAUCAGAAGUGUCAGGAAAGAUCGCCAGUGGUUCCCGUCCUCCUCGAGAUGCUGAUGACACAUUCUCCAAACCAGGUGGUGGAUCUGAUGCGCCUCAAUCAAGUGGUUGGUUUGGGAUAUUCAGUAUUGCUGCUUAUCAACCAUAUUUUGAUGUUGAUACUUCUGAUGUCUUGGAGAGGAUUAAAGAAUCACUUUUUCCAUGGAAAGGGAAUUUCACAGAACUGAUCUCCAACAGCCCAGAUUUGUAUGGUCCAUUUUGGAUAUGCACUACCCUAAUAUUCAUCGCCGCAUCAAUUGGUACAUUUGUUACUUAUGUGUCAAACAAGCUACAAAGCAAAGAUUGGAAUUAUGACAUAAGCCUUGUGACAUGGUCUGCCGGUUUGUUCUAUGGUUAUGUGAUGGUCGUGCCUCUGUGCCUUUAUUUGGUGCUGAAGUAUUUCUCUGCUCCAUCUGGCUUCAUCCAAUUGCUCUGCUUGUAUGGUUAUUCCUUGUUUGUGUUCGUCCCUGCAUUGUGUUUGUCUGUUGUACCCCUGGAUAUAUUCAGAUGGGUGAUUGCAGGUGUGGCCGGGUUUAUGUCUGCAAGCUUUGUUGCCCUUAAUCUCAAGGUACACAUCGAGUCAGCUGGUGAAAGGUGGUUCCUCAUCGUUGUUGCAAUAUUUUUGUUGCAAGUAGCUUUGGCAAUUGCUCUUAAGAUCUACCUAUUUACGGUAUCAGUUUAACUAUGGGGAAACAGCUACUAGAUAGAUGUUUCAAUGAAUAUGAUGUAGCUUUAUAGUAACACAUAAGGUAAAUUAAGCCUGAAAUUUUGCUGUCAAUUUAACAAAGAGAGUGAUAUUGUCCAAACUUAUUGUAUUCAUUCAAUUUGGUGAUUUAUAUUUGAAUAAUGUUGUUUGGUCGCUUUCUUUCAAUUUAGCUCACCCAGUUGGAUGUAUAUUUAAAUUUCGAUUUUAUGCCUGCAGCUUGGAUUUCAAGCAUUUGUUUACAGAUGUUUUAUCAAAAGGUUAAUUGCAAUCAAA